AAAAAGAAAAGAAAAGAAAAAACAAACAGUUCGUUACUACCAAUAGAAGGUCUCCCGUCUGCAACACCCAACACCUACUCACUCUGACAAUGGCGGCUGUAGCUUCGACUAGCUCCGUCACACUCCACACCCUAAAACCAUCAUCAUCAUCAUCAUCAUCAUCAUCAUCAUCGGAUUGCAUUCUCAGCAGUACAAUUGGAGUCUCAAGAAGAACACUACCCAUUUCCUUAGCAAUCUCUAAAUCCACAAACCCCAAUUACUAUCAGCCUAGAAGCAAAUCCAUAGUCUCUGCAACAUCAGCAUCAUCUGCUGAUAAUCACCAAAACAACGCCGUUUUGUCCAGUAAUGGCUCUGCUCCUCCUCCUCCUCCUGCCACCUCCUCCAAAGUUAGGAGGCAUACAAUCUCUGUAUAUGUCGGGGACGAAAGUGGUAUGAUUAAUAGGAUUGCUGGCGUUUUUGCAAGGAGAGGGUACAAUAUUGAAUCUCUUGCUGUUGGUUUAAAUAAGGAUAAGGCUCUUUUCACUAUAGUUGUUUCCGGAACUGAAAGAGUCCUACAGCAAGUUGUCGAGCAGCUUCAGAAGCUAGUCAAUGUUAUGAAGGUUGAAGAUCUUUCCAGUGAGCCACAAGUGGAACGCGAGCUAAUGCUAAUAAAAGUGAAUGCGGAUCCUAAUUACCGUGCUGAGAUCAUGUGGUUGGUGGACAUUUUCAGAGCAAAAAUUGUGGAUAUUUCAGAGCACUCAUUAACAAUUGAGGUAACUGGAGAUCCAGGAAAGAUGGUUGCUGUUCAGAGAAACCUAAGCAAGUUUGGAAUCAGAGAAAUUGCAAGAACUGGGAAGAUUGCAUUGAGAAGGGAAAAAAUGGGUGAAUGUGCUCCCUUUUGGCGAUUUUCAGCUGCUUCAUAUCCCGAUCUUGGAGAAAUAAGACAAAAUGAUGCUCUUUUGGGGUCUAAAAGCAGGGUAGUUGUAGGUGAAGAUCAGAUGUCUGCAGGGGGUGAUGUUUAUCCAGUGGAGUCAUCUGAUAGCUAUGCUGUUACCCAAGUUCUUGAUGCUCAUUGGGGCGUUCUUAAUGAGGAAGAUACAACUGGACUUCGAUCUCACACAUUAACCAUGCUCGUAAAUGAUUCUCCUGGAGUCCUUAACAUUGUUACAGGGGUAUUUGCUCGAAGGGGCUAUAACAUUCAGAGUUUGGCUGUUGGACAUGCCGAAACUGAGGGCCUCUCUCGAAUUACAACAGUUGUGCCUGGUACUGAUGAAUCAAUUAGCAAGUUGGUGCAGCAACUUUAUAAGCUAAUAGAUCUUCAUGAGGUUCGAGAUCUUACACACUUGCCGUUUGCUGAGAGAGAAUUGAUGUUGAUAAAGAUCGCUGUGAAUGCUGCUGCUCGACGUGAUGUCCUGGACAUAGCUACUAUUUUCAGGGCCAAGGCUGUUGAUGUGUCCGACCACACAAUAACUCUUGAGCUUACUGGAGAUUUGGAUAAAAUGGUUGCGCUGCAGAGGUUGUUGGAGCCUUAUGGCAUUUGCGAGGUGGCAAGAACAGGGCGUAUAGCAUCGGUGCGCGAGUCAGGUGUCGAUUCUAAAUACCUUCGUGGAUAUUCUUUUCCAAUAUGAUGAGAACUUGACGAGGCUUUUUCUGGAAUCAAAUUUUUGUUUUCUGAUGAGAUGCGUACUGUGCCAUGCACAUAAGAACAAUGUGUAUAUUAUAUAUUGUUAGGGCCAAGGUUUUGCGGGUAUGAAUAGAUUAGUGAUCUAUAGUUUGGUUUACAGAACAUGGAGAUGAAUCACAUUCGAGUCUGCAAGUUUUAUUUGGUUUACAGAACAAGUUAUUUUUCAAUGGGCAUGUGACGGUUCAUAUCACAGUGCAAACAAUUUUUCAAUUAUAUCCAAGUAAAUUCUUGAAUUUGAUCAA